AUAAUCCGAGCAACCCUAGAUCUCAAAUUUUUUUUUCAGUUCUCCAUCUCUUUCUUAAAUCAUGCCGAGGAGGAAGACCUUAGUUCGCAAGAGUAGUAAGAAAUGAACCAGAUCUGAGUCAAUUCUUCCAUCUCUCCUCAUCAGGUGUCUCCAGACUCUCCAGAGCUUUUUGAGGAAGUUUCGAUGGAACCUAUUACAGCCACAUGAGAAAGGCAAUGAAUUCCGGUGAAGAAUAUUUGCCUUAUGGUCACCUUCUUACCAACUUCUUUGAAAAAUGGGAAAUUGAUCCUUCCAAGGAACAAUCUGAAGAAAUCUUUGAAGAUGAAACUCUGACUGAAACUACACUAAAAAGAAUGAAAUUUGAAAAGAAAGACGGUACUUGGGUCAAGAUUAGUGAUUCACCAGAAGUUGAAGGUUCGCUGGGUAAAGUCUUAGCCAACAUGGAUCUCUUGAGUAUCCAAAUUGAAGCUGAACUCAGCUCUAAAUUUGCUGCCUUUGAAGCUAAAAUGAAUAAUCAUUUUUCCAUGCUUGAAUCUUCCCUGAACAACAACCUGAAUCAACUGGAAAAAUCUAUGGCAGCAUUGACUAAAUCCAACAAGAAGAAAUGUCCAUCAUAGUCACCUAGAUGCAAUGCUUUGUGCUUAUUUUGAUUUAUUAUGUUUAUCAUAAUUUCAGUAUUUUGUACUCUUACAAUUUCUAACUUUUGUGUACUGCUUAUUUGUGUUUUUGAACCCUAUGCUAUGCUUUGUGCUAAUGUGCAAAUUUCUUUUUGCUAAUGACAAAAAGGGGGAGAGGAACUUAAAAAUGAAAAUUAUCUUUAUUUGUGCAAAUCCUGUUGAAUCUUGGAAGCAUAUUUUGAGGGGGAGCUUACACUUAUUAUCUUUAUUAUUUUAAGGCAUGGUUUUGUCAUCAUCAAAAAGGGGGAGAUUGUUAGGGGUUGAGUGAGUUGAGAUUCACUUGUAAAGGUUUAAUCUUGCACUCGUAAGCAAGAGAUUUCUAGUGGAUUGAACUCUUGAGUAAAGAGGCUUGGGAGUGGAUGUACUCCAGGUUGGAGGAACCACUAUAAAUCACGGCUUGAUUU